AUGUCAGAGAAAGUUAGAGAUGCCCUCAAAUCUGUAGCAGACUAUAUGUUUCUGAGCAGAAGCGCCCAUGGAGUUGUAUAUUCAAAGAAUAAACACAAAGAAUGUGAAUAUGUGACAAACUUACCUUUACAGAUGGCAUUUUACUUUAAUAGCUUAUACGCCCCAUUCUGGUUUAUUGGCACACUGAUAACUCUCAUAAUAGAAUUCGAAUAUUUGGACCCUAUAUAUAAGGUGAUCAAUACAUCUGUAUUUGCAUUAUAUUCCGUUUUGGAAGGCCUCCGACUCUAUCUUGGUUAUGCCGGCAAUCUGAUGGAGAUGGUAUGUCGGCAUUAA